GCAGAGAGGGGUGAUCCUCUUUGGACAGCACUCAUCGUGGAUUACUUGGGCCAUCAGUCACUCGAUGUCCGCGAGGCGGCACUUAUCGCCCUGCAUCGACUUGCAGCUCCAGGCUGUGCAGACAUUGUUGCGUCGAUCUCCUUGCGCAUGGAAGAUGCUGACAUUGGAGGGAGAAAGGCCCUUUUGAUGGCACUGCAGCAGCUAUCUCCUCCAGGAAAUCAGCCUGCCAUCCUCGAGGCUGCCAGGCGCCUGACCGACUCCAGCAUAGAGGUUCGCAAGAUGGCCUUGCGGGUGCUUGGAGCACUGGCAGAAGACUUGCCGCCCAACCUCGAGCGAGUGCUUGAGAGCAGUCUCCAGGACUCCCACGCAUCGGUGCGCAAGACGGCUGUGUCGGCCCUGGAGAAGUUGGCCGCGAAGAAUCCCUGGCUUCGAAGUCUGCUACUGUCGCGUCUCGAAGACCCUGCACCCUGCGUGCAGUGCGCAGCGAUUCUUGCGGCGGGCAGAAUCUGUGACCUCGAUGAUGAGGCCUCAGCAAACACACUAGCAGCGUGCUUGGACUCGAAUGAGAAGAUGUGCGAGGCGGCCGCGCAGCAGUCCCUUGGAUGGCUCUUGCAGCGCGGAUCGCGAGCGCCACUGCCAGCGUUGGCACGGCUGCUUUGGCAUGGAAAUGAAAAGGUCCGCGAGUCAGCGAACCUCGUGCUUUCGCGACUGCCUCCUCGUUGA